AAAAGGGGAAAAAACUCGACAGCUUCACAUCCGCGCAGGCGGCGCAGCUUGAGGGAGGAGUGGGACUUCACCUUUCAGUGCUUCACCGGACUCCACACUCCACUUCGCCUUCGCCUUCGCCUUCAGGGUUUCGAGGGCUGAGGCUUAGCCAGUAGCCACCGAAGAGCAGUUAGGUUGUUCGGUGUUCGCGACUUCGGGCCGAUCUUCGUCAACGGUCCGGCAGGUCUCCAUCUCCCACCGCACGUUAGACUCGGCCGACCGCCAGUAGCCAGACCGCAGGUCCGCAGCCGCCGCACCAUUAUUCCGGCGAGGAUGAAGACCGUCCCUAGAAGCCCAGAAUACUGGUAAUAAGCCACAGCAGUUUCUAGUCCUUCUGGAGAACAGGAGAAGCCUGUGACUCAGGAACCCUGGCAGUUUCCCAUUUCUGAAGUUUGGCAAGGGAAGCUAGAUUUGAGGUGUGAGGGAGUGAUUUUUCAGAAACCCAAAGAGAGAGGGAGACAGAGAGAUGUAUGGGAGAAAGGCAUGCCAACUGGUAAAAGAACUUUCUUGCAGUGAACCUGGGCAGCUGGCCUCCUUCAAUAGUGACACAUUUGAUCAAGCCAUCAAAGAAUGUAGUGCUCAUUUCCUUGAGCUUCAGAACUUGAUGAGGAAAAUCCAGGAAGAAGGGUUGGAUAUCCAAACAACUAGAAAUGCCGAUCACCAUGGGAUGGUCAUUCACCACCUUUCUGUAAUGCGCAAUAAGCGCUGCCUUAUGGCUUACAUGUACAACCGAGCAGAAAUAAUACGUAGUUUGAGAUGGAAGAUAGGGCCUGUGAUCCCUCAUGAAAUUCAAGAGAAGCUCAGCUACUCUGAAGAAGGGUAUUUCAAGAAUCACUCAGCUGCUUUGGAGUCCUAUAUGUCUGAACUGGAGCUUGAUUUGACUGUGGACAUGGUGCCACCCAAAGAUCCCUACAUUCAGGUCAGAGUCCUUGAUGAUAUUGGUGAAGUUUUGCUUAGCGAUCAGUCAGCCAACCUUACUCGGCAUUCAAUGCAUUUUCUUAAGCGAACUGAUGCUGAGCAGUUCAUCUCACAGGGCUUGAUGGAGGAGCUCACAGGGUGAUUUGACUGAGACAUCUAACUUCUAGAGGAUUAUAUCGUCUUUGACCAGCAAGUGCCAGAAGCUCCUUAACAGCAAUGGCAGUGUCUUUUCUUAAAUAGAGCCCUAGAGGUUCUACUCUAGUGGGGCGCUGCUUAGGAGGCUUUCCUCAUCAUUCUCUUUUUUCGGUAUACCGCUCUGCGAAUAGAGCGAAUGAACAACCUAAUAUCAUGAAUAUCCUUAUGAAUGGCUUAACUGAACCUGAUGUGCCAACUUUUGUGGCCUUCAGUUUUGGGAUUGCCUGGCUGGUUUUGCCUGCAGCAUUAUAUGCCAAAUUAUAGUCUUGCAGAAAUCCUGUAUGGAUGCAAAAUUUUAUGAAUUUAUAAAAUGUAUUAGUAAUGAUAUAUUACUGGAUGCUAA